UUCUAGAAAUCGUCAAAAUUCGGUAGAUAUUUGAAUUGUAAUUUUGUUUUCUUUAUCUUCGUUGUUGUUAAUUUUACUUUGUUACUGAUGUUCUGGGAUGUGAAUUUGAAUUCGAGUUUGAUUUUGAUGGUUAAGCUAAUAGAAAAAAUUAGGGUUAAUCCUCUAGGGCAUUUCAUUUCGUUACCCCUAUUUUGUUGAUCGAAUUUAGAACAACGGAUCAUAGCUUUCUAGCACAUGUUUACGAUGCGGGUUCUACAAGCUACAUGGAAAUACUAAUUUUGGUUCAUGAAACCCGGUAGAUGUUUACUUUUCAAGUUUUGAAGUCAUUAAAUUUCCAAGUCGCUUUCUGUAAUGCAAAUCCACUUAAUAGUUGGAUGUCUUUGUUGCAUUGAAAUGACAUCACUAUCACAAUUAUUUGAAGUCUUUCCUCCCAUCCUGGGCUUUCUUUUUCUUGAAGAAAAAACAGUUUAGUUAUCAAAAGUGAGUAUCCCGUCGAUGAAAGACCCUUUCACAAGUUCAUUGAUUUCCGUUGCUUUAUUCUUGCUUCUGUCACCUUCUGCUGCAGUAGACAGCAUAGCUGCUAAUCAAGUAAUCAAAGAUGGUGAGACCAUUGUUUCAGCUGGAGAAAUGUAUGAAAUGGGAUUCUUUAGCCCUGCUAACUCCAACAAUCGUUACUUGGGGAUAUGGUACAAGAAGAUAGCAACGGGUACAGUGGUGUGGGUUGCUAACAGAGACUUGCCAUUAUCCAAUACAUCAGGCGCCUUCAAAGUCACUAGUGAGGGACUCCUGCUGCUUUCUUGCUGUGGUGAUACCAUAAUCUGGUCAUCCACUUCUGCGGCAUUUGUCAGGUAUAUUAAUCCAAUGGCACAACUCUUAGAUACUGGUAAUUUUGUUGUCAAGGAUGGAAACAAUUCUGAUGAGACAAAUUUCAUUUGGCAAAGUUUUGAUUAUCCUGGUGACACCUUUCUACCCGGAAUGAAAUUUGGUAAGGAUUUUGUAACAGGCAUUAACAGGAACUUGACAUCAUGGAAGAGUCCCAACGAUCCUUCUCCAGGUCGGUAUGUAGAAUAUAUGGAUACACAUGGAUAUCCACAAAUACUUAUGAAGCAAGGUUCAGUCUUACAGUUAAGGUUUGGACCAUGGAAUGGUAUCAGGUUUAGUGGUCUGCCUAAUGAGAUUUCAAAUCCAAUUUACUCCACUGAAUAUGUUUUUAACCAGAAAGAAAUAUAUUAUAAAUACGAGCUUAUUAGUUCAGUUGUUCAGAUGAUAUAUUUGAAGUGGGAUGGCAGCAUAGAAAUAUUGAAUUGGAGCAAUCGUAGCCAGGAUUGGUUUGUGUAUGCAACUGGUCUAGUAGAUUCUUGCGGUCGCUAUGGAAUCUGUGGUCCUUAUGGAACCUGUGACAUCAACAAAAAUCCUCCUUGUAGUUGUAUGGAUGGUUUUGAACCAAAACGCCCAGAUGAAUGGACCAUGGCAGAUUGGUCUAGUGGAUGUCAAUUCAAAACUCCUUUCGAUUGUCAGGCCCCAGAAGUCUUUUUGCAAAUCAGAGGAAUGAAAUUUCCUGACACACGACAAUCAUGGUACAAUCAUAGCAUGACUCUCCGUGAGUGUGAGAUAGCCUGCAGGGAAAAUUGCUCUUGCACCGCUUACGCAAAUUUAGAUAUCAGAAAUGGAGGGAGUGGAUGCUUAUUAUGGUUUGGUGAACUGAUGGAUCUUAUGGUUUGUGUAGAGAGUCAAGAUCUUUACAUAAGAAUGCCCACCUCUCUACUAAAAGAUGAAGUCCAUAUGGUCUCCCAAACUGGUUUCAACAAGAAGAUUGGAGUCCUCGCCAUCACCUUGUCAAUUUUCUUUGUCUUGCUGGGCGUGUCGUUAACAGCAUAUGUAUGUAACAUGAAAACGAAAAGGUCUUUCGCUAAAGGAAGAGGUCGUAGGGUACACACCUUUGAUACACGACACUUCGAUGUAGAGAAGGAUGGUCUAGAUCUGAACUUUAUUAGCUUAUCUGAAAUAAUUAAAGCCACCAAUAACUUCUCCAUUGACAAUAAGCUCGGUGAAGGUGGCUUCGGUCCAGUUUACAAGGGAGUUUUGGAAAGCGGGCAAGAAAUAGCUGUGAAGAAACUUUCAGCAACUUCUGAACAGGGGUACGGCGAGUUCUACAAUGAAGUAGUUUGUGCUGCCAGACUUCAGCAUCGGAAUCUUGUGAAGCUUAUUGGAUACUGCAUGGAUGAAGAUGAAAGGAUCCUGAUUUAUGAAUACCUGCCUAACAAAAGUUUGGACUUAUAUCUAUUUGAUGAAACCAAAAGUUCUAUGCUCGAAUGGCCUCUGCGCUUCCACAUUAUCCAUGGAAUUGCUAAAGGUAUUCUUUAUCUACAUCAAGAUUCCCGCCAUCGAAUCAUCCACAGAGAUCUCAAGGCAAGCAAUAUUUUGCUGGAUGGCAACAUGAACCCAAAAAUAUCAGAUUUUGGGCUUGCUAGAGAGUUUGGAGGAGACCAGAUUACAGCCAAGACAAAGAAAGUGGUUGGAACAUACGGAUAUAUUUCACCCGAGUAUGCAGUUCAUGGGCGUAUCUCUGUAAAAUCGGAUGUGUUCAGUUUUGGUGUUUUGGUGCUGGAGAUGGUGAGUGGGAAGAAAAACAGAGAAUUUUACUGUGAAGAUGUGAAUGAUAACCUUCUUGGACAUGCAUGGAGACUCCAUACAGAAGGCAAGUGCCUUGAGCUUAUGUGUCCAUCUUUAAGCAACUCGUGCAUAGUCUCAGAGGUAGAACGAACAAUACAUGUUGGUCUAUUGUGCGUGCAGAAUCUUGCACAAGAUAGACCAACAAUGUCGUCAGUGGUUACGAUGUUGAGUGGUGAUGGUGCAUUACAUCCACCUAAACAACCUGCUUUCUUUGUUGGAGAAGGCUUGCCUAAUCCCAACCCCCCCUUUUUAGCAGAGGUCGAUGAAGCCACUAUAACGAUGUUAGAGCCUCGAUAGGAAGUGUGUAUUCCAGUGCAAAAUUAAUAUGUAUCGUAGAGUUUCAUGCUCUUUAAUUCAUUAACUUUUU